AUGAGUGUGCCAGCUGUUACGCAGCCAGCUCAUACCGAUUUCCAGUGCACUGAAGGUGUCUCAACCGAGCAGGUGCCCACUGAGGCAGCUAUGAGUGCGCCAGCUGUUCCCCAGCCGACUCAAGUUGCCCUGGAGGCCACCGAGCAGGUUCCUAUCGAUGCAGCUUUGAGUGAGCCCGCUGUUCCUAAGCAGACUCAUGCUGUUUCGGAGGAAAACGAGACCAUCGAGACCGCGCACGUGUUCACCGAGGUAACUAUGAGUGCGCCAGCUGUUCCCGAGCCGACUCAAGUUGCCAUGGAGGCCACCGAGCAGGUUCCUAUCGAUGCAGCUUUGAGUGCGCCCGCUGUUUCUAAGCCGACUCAAGCUGUUUCGGAGGAAACCGAGACCCUCCAGACCGUGCAGGAGUUCACCGAGGCAGUUACGAGUGAGCCAGCUGUCCCCGAGCCGACUCAGGCUGCCUUGGAGUCCACUUUGCUCGCGCCUGUGUCUAAUGUGUGCAAUGAAGUUGUGGGUGCGCCUGCUCCUAGUGAGCCAGCCCCAACCAAGUCAACCCAACCUACGCCAUUGUGGACUGAGAAAGUUCGGAGAGUGCGUGCUGUUCCUAAGCCGUCUCUGAAUCGAUCAGACCGUGUCGUUCUGACCCAGUGGACUGAGAACAUUCGGAGUGUGCGUGCUGUUCCUAAGCCGACUCUGAAUGGGCCAGACCGCCCGGUUCCGAGCCAGUGGACCGAUACUCAUUCGCGAAUCGAGGCGAUGCGUGCGAAGGGCAUUGGAAGGGUUCAACCACGUCAGAAAGUUGUGCGCGCUCUUAAGGGGUUGCAGGUCACAGCAACCUCUCGCAAACACUCCACCUCUUCCCUGGUGGCCAGUCCCGAAGACGCUUCGGCAAAGAAUGCCGUUGCAACAGGGACAGAUUCCCGUGCUGGGGUUUCGGAAGGCACCAAGAGGGUCGAGGACGCCGAAGACCCAAAUUGCAGCGCUCAAAAGACUGCGGGAGACACACAGGAGAAAAUGGGCGAAGAAGAGGCAGCGACUUCUGGUCUUCAAAUGCCAGGAGCUUGGCCUUCCGACCCACCUGUCGUCACUGCGUCUGGCGAGUCAGACAUGCACGAGGGAUCGGCUUUGCUGCGGGUCCUACGGACAGGAACUCGAUGGGCCUCCGUUGGUGUAUUCGCUAUGGUGAUGGUGACUCUGCUGUCGUCCCCCUUGUGGCUAGGUCACCUUGGACACCUUGCUUACGCCUUCGAGGGUCCAGAACAGUUCCUGGAGGAACUGCGCGAGGAGCACGGAUAUGUCCCAUUCUUGGAGUGGGUCAUCUAUGUCUUCCUGCGGAGUUUUGCCGGAGACCGGACAUUGUUCGGUUAA